AAAUUAAUGACACUUGUUCUCUCUCUUUCUCACUCACUCUCUCUCUCUCUCAACAAAGCUGGCAUUGGUCUCCACAUCGGCUGCUACUUCAGAAGCACAAGCACUCACAGAUUGCACUAUAUAAUUGUUGGAGUUUCUCAAUCCAAGCGAAGUUACAUUUUGGUGUUCAUACCAUUUUGUUGUUUUGAAUCACAGAAGAGCUGUAUCUGAGGAAGCAUAGAAAGAGAUCAACAUGCCUUGCAUCAGGGUUUGUAAGAUAGGCCAGGAUAAAAUCCUUCAACAAUUGAGAACAAUAUGGGAACAAUGGGACCUAAGGGUUCUAGUUUUAUACAUUCUCUUUGCUCAGUUAUUCUUUCAUGUUCUUGGACAACGUCGUAGAAAGAGUGCAACGGGGAUGAUGAACAAUCUGAAUGCUUGGUUCUUCUACUUGUUAGUUGAUGUGGUGGCAACAAUUGCUCUCGGAAAGCUCUCCAAGGUCAAAGGUGACAAAGACGAUGUUAAGGCACUGAAUCUACUAAGGGGUAUAUGGGCACCGAUAAUCUUGUUCUUUCUUGGAGGUCCAGAUUCCAUGACUAUCUUACGCUUGGAAGAAAACAAAAUAUGGUUGAAACAUGUUUUAGCACUCGGCACUCUAGGUCUAAGAACAAGUUAUAUCCUGAUUGUAACAUGGACAUGGAAAUCAGGUUAUGCGUUCUCUCUUUUGGCUUUGUUGAUGCUUUUUCCUGGACUUAUCAAGUAUGGAGAGAGAGUGUGGGUCAUCAAAUCAAGAGGCAAAGAAAGGUAUAAUGGUUUUGUUCACUUAGAUCCAUCCACAAUUGACAAAAUUCGUGAUGCACAAUUAGAUCCAUCCACAAUUGACAAAAUUCGUGAUGCACAAGAACCACAACGAGGACCCAACUCAAAGCUAGUGAUCCAAGCCUAUUCUUGCUUUGAAACCUUGAAGCCGCAUAUUCCCAAUUAUAAGUGUAAUAGUACCAGACUACAUAAAUUGGUAGAAGAAUUCAAGAAGUGGGCAGGGGCAGUUGAUGAGAGUACGAGGCACAAUACUUUCAAGUUGAUUGAGAUUGAGUUGGGUUUGAUGUAUGACAUGAUCUUUAGCAAGGUAGGCACAAUUUUUACCGUAUGGGGAAGCAUUCUUAGAUUUAUUAGCUUCUGUUGCGUAGUUGCCGUGUUGGUGGGAUUUUUCUUAUUUCAAAAACCUGAUGGGUAUUGGAAAAUGGAUCUUCCAAUUACCAUAGUUCUGAUAGUUGGUGCCCUUUUCUUAGAGAUAGCUGGAGUUAUUAUGCAAUUUGGUUCAGAUUGGGCAAUUGUAUGGGCAUAUAAGCAUAACUCAAGUAAGUUAGCCACUCCAGUUUUUUAUCUUCAUGAACUUGUGAUCUCUAAAAGCAAAAGGUGGUCUGAACUUAUGGGACAAUUUAGUUUAUUGAACUUUUGCAGCAAAAAUAAGCCCAAAAGGUUCAAUAAAUUGGUUGAGGCUAUGCGUGGAAGGGAAUCAAUGUGGAAGAAAUCAUGCCUACCAUUCAGUUCAGUCGAAUCGAGUUUGAAAGAAUUAAUCAUCAAUCAGCUUCGGGAAAAACCAAAGAACAUUUCUGAAGUUGACAAUUUGCAAGCUUCAACCAUGAAAAUAGUUGAGGAGACACUUGAAAAGCAUAAAUAUCUGGAUUCAAAGUGGAUUAUUGAGCUACAAUUUGAAGAAAGUAUUAUCAUUUGGCAUGUUGCUACAGAUAUUUGCUAUCACUCAGUAGCAAAUGGUUCUACAACAGUCACAGAGGAAAUGGAAGCAACUAAAAUAUUGUCAUAUUACAUGAUGUAUCUUUUGUUCAUAUGUCCUGGUUUACCCUUAUCUACCCAUUAUACCAAGUUUAUGCAGGCUUAUACUAAGGUGAAGGAAUUUUAUGAUAAGAAGGAAUUUCAUGAUAAGGAAUUUUAUAAGCUAUUGCGUGAGGAUGAAUACGACUCCAGCAAUCAGACAGUAAGCAACAUACAAAAACUAGCUCAUGGUUUGAUGGACAAUGAGGAUAGAUGGAAGAUCAUGAGUAGUGUGUGGGUGGAAAUGUUGUGCUGUGCUGCAAAAAGUUGCCCAGUGAAGAACCAUAUUCAAGAGCUUAGACGUGGUGGACAGUUUCUCACUCAUGUUUGGCUUCUCCUUAUGCAUUUUGGUGUAACAAAAAUGCCAGAGAAAAAAACAUCGCAUAGUCUGGAGUAAAAGUGUUACAAAUACUGUUGCAAACCUUCAUGUGUGGCAAAUUUCAAGGACAAGAGUUGUUGCGUAGUUGAGUUACUCCAUGUAGAAAUUUCUAGGUGUGUUGGAAAGUUGUUUCGAGGACUAGCUUUCGUUGUGUGCCCUAAAGCUUCUAGUUGUUUGCAACGUUAUGUGAGCUUCCAUUGUCUUAAUUUCUAUGGUUUUUUUAUGGCAUAGUUUGUUUUAAUUGCCAUGGCUUUGGUUGGAUUGUAGUUCAUAUUGUUUCUUUAUAUAUAUAUAUUGAAUUGAUGAUUUUAUCUUUGCCAAAAAA